UUAAACAGGAGCCGCUCCACCACCAGCGUGGUCGUUGCGCUCUGUAGUUGUAGGCUUGUAGCUGGAGCCCCUUCAGAAGGAAGCACAGCAAGCUAGCAAGCUAGGAAGAACCUCCCUCCCGUGCAUCUGACCAGCGAGUGACGGUGACUCGCUUGGAUCGAUGUCCAUGGAUGGCAAGACCCCUGAUCUGCUGCCUCUGAGCACGGCCAAGAAGAAGAUCCGCGAUGGCGUCCCGCUGGUCUGCGCAUGGGCGCUCAUCAACACCUUCAGCACAGCAGUCAGCUACGUAGCCGCCGACUACAUCCCCGUCUCGUGCAGCCAGUCCUCCUUCAUUCUGUCGUGCAUCGAGCUGACGGGCGCGGAGGAAGCCAGGGUAAUCGCCCUCUGCAUCGGGAUUCUGUGCUGCGCCCCAUUGCAGGCGGUCCCAGCGGCGCUGGCGCUGCUGCUCCCAUGCCGUCGUCGCUCGGCCCGCCGAGCCCUCGCCUACCUCGGGCUCGCGGUCACCGUCCUCUUCCAUUGCAUGUACGCCGGUGCCGUCUGGAUCUUCCUCGCCGCCGACCCAGGAUACAUCUUCGGCCGGAUCUACUUCACCGCCAUCUUCUGCUUCAUCGUGGUGUGCGACCUCCUCAGCUUCCGGGCCCUUCUGGGAGGUGAUGGGUGGGGCAUGCAGUACGUGGCCUAUUUCUUCUGA